AGAGAGAGAGAGAGAGAGAGAGAGAGUAUAUAUAGAGCAGAUCACUCCAGUCAGAUCAUUCAUUAUCAGACAUCAGAAACGUUCAUCUGCUGAGAUCUUUGACAAACAGAAGAAAUGGAUACAAUGGAAAAAACCCAGACACAGCCGAUCACAGACAGUGAUCUGUCUGAACAGAUUAAAGCCGUCACUAAAGACAGUCACACAAGAGCAGAAAACACUGAACUGAUGCUGAGCUACCAGAGAGGACAGGUGUCCCUAAAACAAUAUCAGAUGCUUCUGUGUUCGCUCUAUAAGAUUUAUGAGGCGUUAGAGGAAGCUCUCGACAGGAACGUCGCGCACGACUCCGUGGCUCCCAUAUACUUCCCACAGGAGCUGGCACGUCUGCCGUCCAUCGGGAAAGACCUGGAGUAUUUCUACGGUCAAAACUGGAGAGAGAAGAUCACAGUCCCGGCCGCCACGCUGAGAUACGUCCAGAGACUGAAAAAGGUGGGCAGAGAUCACCCUGAAUACCUGUUAGCCCACGCUUACACGCGCUACCUGGGUGACCUGUCGGGUGGCCAGGUGCUGGGCCGGAUUACCCAGAAGUCUUUGGGACUGAAGAACGGAGAGGGCUUGUCGUUUUUCUCAUUUCCUGCGGUUAGCAGCCCAAACCUCUUUAAGCAGCUGUACAGGAGCCGUAUGAACAGCGUGGAGCUGACGGAGGAGCAGAGGAGAGGAGUCCUGGAGGAGGCCAUCACUGCGUUUGAGCUCAACAUUCAGGUUUUUAAUGAGCUGCAGAACUCUGUGUGUGAGACAGAAAACAACAUGAGACAGAGACACACAAAACAAAAAGACAACGCAACGACUGCAGAUCUUCCAGUGUCUGAAUCGAGCAGCUCGUCUCUGAUCCCACAGUUUGUGCGAACGCUGCUGGGUGUGUUUGUGAUUCUGGCUGUCGGGAUGGUUUAUGUCUUUUAAACAGACAUAAUAAAGAGUUGACAUGUAUAAUAGAACCUCACUUUAAUGCAUCAAUUUAAAACACACAUCAUUAAAUGUCUUUGUAUUUUAAGUAAAAAAAAAUACUGUGUUUUUACUGUACAUGAAUUCAGAUCAGAUGUCUAAUCUGUGUUUUAUAUUUAUUAUUAUGCAUUUCAUUCCAGGAUUGAAUGCUCAGAAUCUUUUUGUAUGAAUGUAUAUACAUAUGCAUUUGUUGUAUGAAUACUAUAUUUUUGUAAUAAACUCAUUUGAGGAUUUAGUAUUUGAUGAAA